AUGUUGGCAGAGCUCAAGUUCAAAGUGGAACGAGGCGGCGGCCUGCCUAGCGAAAGGUCAAAAAUACUGAACAAGAGGAGAAAGAGCUUCAAAAGGAAACAAAGAAUGAGUGGACUGAAAUGCGGAGUCCGUUCUUCAGAACUGGAGAGUGAGGAGGAUUUUCUGGAGGCCGGACUCUUUUCGAGAAUUAUUGGUGGGAGAGAUCCAGCACCUGGCAGGCAACUGUGGCAGGUAUCCAUCAAGUUGGGUCUCUCUCACUUCUGUGGUGGCAGUUUGAUCCAUGAAAACAUGGUGGUUACUGCAGCUCACUGUGUGGUAAAUCUUCUUAACCCGGAACUUGCGAAAAAUCUGAUUGUAACUGUCGGAGAAUUCGACCUCAGAAGGACAGAUAAAGGAGAACAGAACAUCCCUGUCUUGAAAAUCAUUCUCCACCCUGCGUUCAGCAGAUUUGGACAUAUGAAUUCAGAUAUAGCGCUUCUGUAUCUGAAAUACAGAGUGAAAUAUGGGCAUGAAGUACAGCCAAUCUGUCUUCCCCACAAAGAAGAUACAUUUGAAGAGGGCAUGCUCUGUGUUGUGAGUGGGUGGGGCAAGGUCUCUGAAGUACCUGAGCCAAGUCACCUGCUGCCCACCAGUCUGGAAGACUGCAGCUCCCAUGGAAUGUUGAUAUUUGGAGAAAGUGGGCACAUUCGGCACUCUUGCCUAAUGGGGGAUCACUACCUUGAUAACAGCCGAUGCAGCUGGAAUAUAACCGUUCCGGAGGAUAAAUUCGUACUCGUGCAGUUUAUCACAGUAGACAUAGAAGAUCAGGUUGGAUGUGACCAGGACUACGUGAAUGUUCAUUCAAGUGAGGGGAAAUUAAUUGGUAAAGUCUGUGGUCAUGUGUUACCCUCUCCUCUGCUGAUAGACUCUGACCAAGCGACAGUCACUUUUGUGUCUGACAGUAGCCAAACUGGGGGCGGCUUUGAGUUCCUCUUCACCGCUGUGCAUAAGGCUUCUGAAGCAGGUUCCGGCUGCGGCAGUGUUGCAGUGCUGGUGGAAGAAGGGGAGAUUGACACAGCUAAUUACCCUGGCUUGUAUCCCAGCCACAGCAAAUGUCAUUGGCUCAUUGAAGCCCCCACGGAUCAUGUCAUAAAGUUGGAGUUUGAGGACUUUGCUGUUGAAGUCAGCCAGGGCUGUAUUUAUGAUGCAGUCACUGUGUUUGAUGACACAGAAGAGGAACACCAACUAGCUCUUCUUUGUGGCUUCUCAGUUCCUUCCCCAGUCUGGAGCUCUGGAAACAUCUUACUAAUACACUUCCAGAGUGAUGGAGAGAACAACUUUCGAGGAUUCAAGGCCAGAUUUACCUUCUCCCCCUCAGAAAGCUCCAAAGCUGAAUUUGUAGGGCUGGUAACAAGCGAAUCGUUAUAUUGGACAGUUGUUGCUGGAGACCAUGAUAGAUUAUUGAAGGAACCUGCUGAGCAGAUAAGAAGAGUAAAGACCAUUUUAAUCCAUUCAGACUUUGAUGUCACGAGCUAUGAUUCUGACAUUGCCUUGGUCCAGCUGGAAGCCCCCCUCUCUUACAGUGCUGCGGUGCAGCCGAUAUGUUUGCCCAACUACACUGAGCCAUUAUUUGAUUCUCUGCUUUGUACGGUGACUGGCUGUGGAGGCAUCCAAGAAGCUGGGGGCCCUGCCGGCCGCUUGCAGCAGACCCAAGUGCCUAUGCUUAAUAACAAUGUCUGUGAUCAAAAUUAUUACUUCAACCACCCCAGAGGGAUCACGCCCAGGAUGCUCUGUGCCGGUUUUGCAUUCUUCAGAGGCCAAGACCCUUGCCGGGGGGACUCAGGUGGCCCGCUGGUUUGUCAAAAUGAGGAUUCAUCGUUUACACUCUACGGCAUUGUCAGCUGGGGUGUAGGAUGUGCCAGGCCAAAGAAAGCAGGUGUUUAUACAAGAGUGAGCAUCUUUCUGGACUGGAUCCUCUCCAGAAUGAAAGAAAAGGGACCAGCAGGUAUACGGAUAAAUAAUACUGGACGUGAAACCUUAGUGGGACCACCAGAGUCAUUUAUGAAUCUGUCAGGAGCUCCUUAUGGACAAGAACACACAGGAGAAGUACGGUGCUUGUGGGUGCUCAGAAUCUCUCCUGGAGGAAUGGCAAAAAUGACCCUAAAACAUUUGUGGAUACCAGAGUCCGAGCACUGCAAAGUGGAAUUCUUUGCCAUUUAUGAAGAGAGCCGGAAAGGAAGGGGAGCUAAACUGUGUGGCUCCCUGCAGUCUCCCAUGUCCUUCCUGAGUCAGGGGCCUGUUGUGAAAGUGGAGCUCCAUUCCACCAUUCGCGAUGCCUUUGCCACGAACUACGUGGUCCUCCGAGUACCAGGGUCAAAGAUGGGGGAAAGCGUGGAAUACUCCAACAAUCUGAGCCAACAGUUGGCAGACUGCAGAGAUGCCAUCCCCACUACCCAGGAAGGAGUAAUCCAGUCGCCAGGUUUUCCAAAUGCGUAUGCCAACACAAUUUGCUGUCGCUGGAGAAUCGUCAGCCCAUUAAAUUCUGUCAUUCGGUUGGAUUUCAUAGACUUCACGUCUGAAAACCCUCUUCCUGAAUGCCGUGGUGGACUCUCCAUUUAUGAAGGAUUUGAAUCAGCGAAAGAGGUGCUUGGUAAUUUCUGUGAUGGAGCUCCACGCUUUCCAUUAAAGUCUCACGGUCCUGUGGUUAUGCUGACCUUUAAUUCUGGCACCGCAACAGUGAUGAAAGGAUUUGUUCUUGCCUACAGAAUCCAUGAAAUUCAGCACAGAUGUCCAAUUCUGGAUCUGAUUCCAGUAGGAAUUGCCGAGAUCACUUCUCCUAAUUACCCACAUACCUACCCCAGUUUAUUGACCUGCACUUGGACAGUUUAUUCUGCUUCAGGGAAGAGGCUGAAAGCUGUGAUCAAGGAUCUUGAAACAGAGGAUAUACCAGGGACUGUGUCUGGGACUCCUUAA